AUCAAACAAAGAAUGGAAAUGGGAGGCCCAUCAGAGCGUCAGAUUUCAAGGAAAGGCAGGAGAAGAUAUGUUGCCAAUUUUUUCCUAUUUAAAGCUUUACAAGCAGAAGCGAGGUCGCUGCUUGUUCUGGGGCUGGUGCUGAACGGAGAAGAACACAUUGACUUGAUCAAAGCAAAUUUACAACUGAGUCCCUGUUUGUUUUCAUGACAGGUCCUAUGUCUAAUAUUUAGACAUGAAGGACUUUGUACAUGUAGGGAAUCUUUGCCUCUUCAUUUCAUUACAAGUAUCUCUGAUAUUAGCAGCUGUAGACAAUGGAUGUCUACAAGGAGAAAUUGAAUUUAACGACAAGGAUAUUUGGAAACCGGAGCCCUGCCAAAUCUGUGUCUGUGACCAUGGAAUCAUCCUCUGUGAUGAAAUAAAUUGUGACCCUAUAGACUGCACUGAUGCUGAGAUCCCCUUAGGAGAAUGCUGUCCAAUAUGUCCUCCAUUUAUACCAGUAACAAGUCCUUAUGAUAACUCCUGCACUGACUGCAACCAGUAUGAUAAGUCCUGCACUGACUGCAACCAGGGCCCACCAGGUCCACCUGGUCCACCUGGUCCACCUGGAAACGAUGGAAUGCCUGGUGCUCCGGGACUUCCUGGAUCAUCAGCUGCAACCGGUUAUCCUUAUCAAUCAAAAUAUGGCAAUUAUGGCUCAAAAAGAUUUUCCACCAAUCCUGGUUAUCCUGGCCUUCCAGGCCCUCCAGGGGACAAUGGACGCCCAGGUCUUCUCGGACCACCUGGUCCCCAAGGUUACACUGGCGCAACAGGUGAGACUGGACCUGCUGGUUCGAGGGGUCAACCGGGUCCUCAAGGUCCAUUUGGUCCUGUCGGACCACAAGGAAAGGAUGGUGCACCUGGCAAGGCAGGAAAAGAUGGUACCUUAGGGCAACCGGGUCCUGCGGGCCGGAAUGGUUAUCCUGGAAACCCUGGCACACCUGGAAUGAAGGGACACAAGGGUUUCAAUGGACGUGAUGGUCGUCAAGGGGAAAUAGGACUACCAGGAACAAACGGUGAACGUGGCCCACCUGGAAACAAUGGCGUGCCUGGACAAUCGGGGACUCCUGGUAGACCUGGUCAGAAAGGACGUGACGGGCUCCCUGGAACUGCUGGUGCACGAGGUAAUGACGGACCUCCUGGUAAAACAGGUCCAGCUGGAAUUCCUGGUACUUCUGGGCAUCCUGGUAAUCCUGGUAGUGCAGGCCGCAAGGGUGACAAUGGGGAGAAAGGUUCGAUAGGUCCCAAUGGUAAUCCUGGACCUAGGGGUUCACCAGGUGUUAAUGGCGGUGUUGGAAAGCCAGGCUAUGAUGGGAAACCUGGAAAAGAUGGAUUGCGUGGGGCAGCAGGGCUUCCGGGUCAUCCUGGCACUCCUGGAAAUCCUGGAGCUCAAGGUCCAGUAGGUCAUCCAGGUAAACAAGGAACAGAUGGCCUUUCCGGUGCUCGUGGUUUACCAGGUGAAUCUGGAAAACCAGGUCCAUCAGGUCAACCUGGAGAAAGGAGUGAAGCCGGUGCACCUGGAGGUCCUGGUCCCUCUGGCCCUGCUGGUAACGAUGGGAAACCAGGCCCACCUGGUGAAAUUGGGACAGUGGGACUGACCGGUCCGCCUGGCAUGAAAGGUACACCUGGAAAUCAAGGCUUUCCGGGUCAAACUGGCCUUACUGGAGAAAAGGGUCCAUCAGGAGAAACCGGCCCACCAGGACCUGUUGGCGCAAGAGGAUCUCAUGGCGAAGCAGGUCGAAAUGGAGACCCUGGCAUUCCUGGAAAUCGGGGAGCUCCAGGUGCCCCCGGCAAAUCUGGUCCCGAUGGCAAACCUGGUCCACAGGGUCACUCUGGAGACCGAGGUCUUUCAGGCCCACCUGGUCCUCCUGGACAAAGGGGAUCAUCAGGUGUCAUGGGUUUUCCUGGUCCAGCGGGCAGAGAUGGAGGGCCUGGUCAGGACGGUAAGGAUGGACCUCGUGGAUUGCCGGGUGGUUUAGGUCAAGAGGGUGCCAUAGGAAAAUCUGGAGAGCAGGGUCCUGCAGGUGCUUCCGGGGAACCUGGUCCAACUGGUGAAAAAGGCGGUAUUGGCAUUCCAGGCCCCUCUGGAUUUCAGGGACCUACUGGUCCUAGAGGUCAUGCUGGUGAACCCGGAAAACCUGGUGACAAGGGCCAGCCUGGUGGACAUGGUGCUCCGGGACAACCUGGAUCAAAAGGUGAUGUAGGUUCAGCAGGUAAACAUGGACCCCAAGGUCCAAUGGGGCCUGCUGGGAGGCCAGGCCCUCAAGGCGGACGUGGAUUAGAUGGAGCCAAGGGCUUAACUGGGCCUGGAGGUCCAAUAGGCCCAAUGGGUCCUGCAGGAUUGCAAGGUAUGCCAGGUGAAAGAGGCACUAACGGUUUCCCCGGCCAAAAAGGUAUAAAGGGUGAACCAGGUUCAUCAGGUUCUGUUGGUUUACCGGGAAAAGAUGGCAUUCCAGGCUCACAAGGUCCCAUGGGUUUGCAUGGUCCUCCAGGUAGCCCAGGAGAAAGGUCAGGGCCUGGUCCAAGUGGCCCUCCUGGACCUGCUGGAUCUCGAGGCAAUCCUGGUGAACGAGGAGAAACUGGUCCAGUUGGCCAGAGUGGAUUUCCUGGACCUCCUGGUAAUGAUGGACAAACUGGUCCAAAAGGUUCAGAUGGUGGACUUGGUCCAAAAGGUGAAAAUGGAUCUCCUGGUUCUGCAGGGGCAAACGGACCUCCUGGUCCAUCGGGCCAUGUUGGGAAAACGGGUCCAAAGGGUGCACAGGGAUUACAAGGCUAUCCUGGUGGUCCUGGUGGGCCUGGUAUUCCUGGACCCAAUGGUUCUCCUGGUAUAGAUGGGAAAGAUGGUUCUACUGGCUUACAAGGCCCAGCAGGUAAAGAUGGUUCACCUGGUUCAGCAGGUAAACCAGGUUCCGACGGUGCAACUGGACCAACUGGUUACAAAGGGGAACCUGGCUCCCCAGGUCCACUAGGUCAGCCUGGCGAAAGUGGUCCUAAAGUAAGUAAAGCAAUUCAUGUCUCACAUGCUAAACAAAUUAAUUCAAUGACAAUUGACAUGGGUGACGUUGGAAUACCAGGCCCUUCAGGCUUGGUAGGAAAAGUAGGCCUUGUAGGGCUUCCUGGUAAACCAGGAAAAGAUGGUCAAAUGGGGAAUAAUGGUCCACCUGGUGAGGCUGGGACAGUUGGUAAGCCUGGUCCUAAUGGUGAACGAGGUGCAGAAGGUCUAAGGGGACCAGCAGGCAUGAAUGGACACCCUGGUCAAUCUGGCCAUGAUGGUGGUCCUGGUCCAAGUGGCUCUCCUGGCCAAGAAGGAAGGCCUGGUAAUAAAGGUGAACGUGGUGAGCCUGGGUCAGCAGGGCGCAUUGGUCUACCGGGAAAUCCGGGAGGUCCUGGUCAAUCUGGUGCACCUGGAAAAACUGGUGAUAAAGGUUCAUCGGGGACUCCAGGUACACAGGGUCCUCAAGGUCCAUCUGGGCCAGCUGGACAUUUGGGCCCACCUGGUUCACGUGGUGAAAAGGGUGAAACUGGACCAUCUGGUAUGAAUGGCAUCAAGGGUCACCAAGGCCACCCUGGGCCAGCAGGUAUUCGAGGGCUUCCAGGUUCAGCUGGGGAAUCAGGUUUGCCUGGAAACCCUGGAGGUCAAGGUCCAAGAGGUCCUCCGGGUUCAAAUGGCUCUCCUGGCAAGGAGGGGAACAAUGGCUAUCCUGGCACGAUGGGUCUUCGUGGUCCACCUGGAAGAAACGGAGAAGCUGGUCCCACUGGUCCUCCUGGUAAUCAUGGUCCAGCAGGCCAUCCUGGCCCACAGGGUCCUCCUGGGCCUUGUUGUACAGUACCAGAUUUCAAUGAACAGAAGGGUGGUGGGUAUGACAAUAGAGUCUAUUUUAACGAUCAGCCUGGUAAACCUGCCACGGUGAAGGUUGAAGACAUAAUGGCUGCUCUGAAAGCUCUAAACAGCCAAAUGGAAACUCUGCUGAGUCCAGACGGAUCACAAAAAAGCCCAGCGCCCAGUUGCAGAGAUUUAAAGAAUUGUCAUCCAGAAUUCAAGAGUGGGGACUACUGGAUUGAUCCUAAUCAAGGCUGCAAGACAGAUGCCAUCAAGGUGCACUGUGACAUGGAUACCGGUGUGACCUGUGUGUCUUCCAACCCCAGCAAUGUCCCUCGUAAGAACUGGUGGGCAAACCAGAAUAGUCACAGCAAGAAGCACGUGUGGUUUGGCGACUCCAUUGAUGGUGGUUUCCAUUUUAGCUAUGGUGACCCCUCUGUGUCAGAAGAUAUUGUUGAAAUCCAAAUCGCAUUCCUUCGAAUUCGAUCUUCCCAAGCUUCCCAGAAUAUCACCUACCACUGUAGAAACAGUAUUGCUUACUUGGACUACAAGAAUGGAAAUGUAAAACAAGCUAUAAAACUGAUGAGCUCGGCUGAUGUUGAACUCAAAGCUGAAGGAAACAAUAAGCUCACUUAUAAUGUCCUGGAAGAUGGAUGUGCUAACCGCACAGGAGAAUGGGGCAAGACAAUCUUCGAGUAUCGAACACGAAAAACUGUUCAUCUGCCAAUUGUUGACAUUGCACCUUUCGAUAUUGGUGGAGAGGAUCAGGAAUUUGGUGUUGAGAUUGGGCCUGUCUGCUUCUUGUAACACUGAAGACAGUUUGAACAAUUGAUUUCCAGCACGCAACCAAAAAAGGGCUGAUUCCUAACGACCCUGCACUUACUUGCUUAUGUUUGAAGCUACCAGGAUGACAUUCUAAAUCACUUCAUUCAUUUGAUAAAAAUUAUAGAAUGUAUCAGACAAUGGAAUAAAAACAAAUGUCACAUGUGUACAAAUAACUACUGCUGUUUGCUGUUGACACUGGGGUGAAAUCAGGUUCAAUAAUUCAGUGUACCAAACAUUCCCAGUAGCAGAUUUGAUCUGGCCCUUCUUUCUUAUUAAGAAAGUAGCUGCAUUUAAAACUUACCCAGCUUCAACUACCUCGGCAUGGACAGAAACUGGGAUAAGUUUGAUGCUCCCAAGAAAACAUUGCAUUAAAAAUCUAAAGCCUCAAUCUCUGGAUACAGAGCUAAUUGUUUCCAGUAGCAAUAAAUCUGAGGAUGACUCAAGGUGAAAUGCAACAAAUGUGCUCUUUCAUUGUUGUUGCUGGCAGCAGACUAAAUGCAAGAGUAAUUGUUCGAAGUACCUGUAAUUAACUCUGUGCUCAGCCUUUUGUCCACUGGUGCUUGCAUUCUUGAGGCAAUAUUGCCUUAAAAACUGGUGCUAUUUUAAGUAUGACCCACUAAAAUGUUGAUAUCGGACUUAUCAUUUCCAUCGUCUGUGGUAAUAAUUUUUCAUUGUUCUCAAAAUGAUGAAUCAUUUUUCAUUUAUUCGCUGGUCUUUGCAAGGUCAGUGGCUUUGCAAGCCUUUACCAAGUUAAAAGGGUUCAUCCUUUUUUGAUUCAAAUAUGUAACAUGGAAUCAGGUAUUUUCUAUCAUAGUGUUUUGAAUACUUGUGCCAUAAAAUAAAUAAAGUGUAUUUUAAGAAAGUAUUGUUUUGGUUCCUUAUACUAGGAAUCGUGCAACAAAACGUUUCAUGAUCGUAGUGAUUAAACUUUUGUAUAGUCAUGGAAUCAUAGUCGGAAUGUCAUACAGCAUGGAAACAGGCCCUUCAAGCCAACUUGCCCAUGGCAACUAAGAUGUCCCAUCUACACUACAUAAACCUUUCAAAAUAAAGUACAUACACCUCACUAAACCUUUCCUCUCCAAGUAUCUGGCCAAAUGUAUUUUCAAAAUCAUUAUGGCACUGCUUCAACGACAGCUCAUCCCACAUAUUCACCACUCUAUGUGAAAAAGUUGUCCCUCAGAUUCCUAUUAAAUCUUUCCACUUUCACCUUAAACUUUUGCCCUCUUGUUCUUGAUUUCCCUACUCUGGGUAAAAAUCUCUGUACAUCUACCCUAUCUGGUCCAUUCAUGAUCAUAUACACCUUUGUAAGAUCACCCUUCAGCAUCCUGCACUCCAAGGAAUAAUGUCCUAACCUGCCAAACCUAUCCCUAGAACUCAGGCCUGACAACAUUCUCAUAAAUCUUCUUUGCUCCACAUCCUGCUUAACGCCAUCUUUCCGAUUGAAUAGCGACCAAAGUGAAACAGUACUGCAAAUGUGGCUUCACCAACAUCCAGCACAACUGUAAUGUAACAUCCCAAGUUCUAUAUUCAAUAUCGUAAAGAGCCUGUCCCACUUGGCGAAUAUUUUUGGCGAUUGCCGGCGUCAUAUAACCAUAUAACCAUAUACCAUAUAACAAUUACAGCACGGAAACAGGCCAUCUCGACCCUUCUAGUCCGUGCCGAACACAUAAUCUCCCCUAGUCCCAUAUACCUGCGCUCAGACCAUAACCCUCCAUUCCCUUCCCAUCCAUAUAACUAUCCAAUUUAUUUUUAAAUGAUAAAAACGAACCUGCCUCCACCACCUUCACUGGAAGCUCAUUCCACACAGCUACCACUCUCUCAGUAAAGAAGUCCCCCCUCAUGUUACCCCUAAACUUCAGUCCCUUAAUUCUCAUGUCAUGUCCCCUUGUUUGAAUCUUCCCUACUCUCAGUGGGAAAAGCUUUUCCACGUCAACUCUGUCUAUCCCUCUCAUCAUUUUAAAAACCUCUAUCAAGUCCCCCCUUAACCUUCUGCGCUCCAAAGAAUAAAGCCCAAACUUGUUCAACCUUUCUCUGUAACUUAGUUGCUGAAACCCAGGCAACAUUCUAGUAAAUCUCCUCUGUACUCUCUCUAUUUUGUUGACUAUAGUUGACUCCAUCUGUGUCGCCAAAAGAUUUUGAACAUUUCAAAAUCCAGCAGCGACACAAAAAAUGUUGCGACAAGUGAAAAAAACACCGCGCUUCAAUACGUCAUCACGCCCCAAAUUUUU